AUGGCUUGUGUAAAGGUUUACUUGUGUUCCAACCCAGAGGACUCGGUGCUAGAAAGAAAGGUUCUGAGAGUGAAUGUGCUUCCCAAGCUGAGGGACCACUGUAGACGCUUGUAUGGGGUCGACUUCAAAAUUAUUGACCCUUAUGAAGGGAUGGAUCCUGGCAACUGGCCAACGCAGCAGGAGCGGCUACAGUUACUGGACGAGUGCCGGCAGAAUUCGCUAGGCCCUUUCUUUGUGGGCCUGGUGGGGAGGCAGUAUGGCAGUGCGUGUUUACCGGAGCAGGUGGAGCUCUCAGAGUUCCUGACAAUACUACAGGUCUGCCAGCAGAAGGGGUUCAGCUCUGAUGCCCUAGAGAAAUGCUAUCGGAGGAAUGAGAACACCAUGCCCUCCUCAUUCUGUCUGCUCAGCCAACAUGCGAGCAAAAUAGAGAACAGUUGGCAUGAAGUGGCUGGAAAGGGAAGAAAGAUCUUAAAUGACGUUGUGAGCCAGUGUGUUCUAGAGGGCAAGAUUGACUCGGAAAGAGCUCAGAAAUAUUUUAGAUCCAGUCUUGAGAAUGAUCUGCGCUAUGGCCUGCAAGGCUCCCCUGCUGAUAUCAGAAGAUGCCUCUGUUAUGUUCAUAAAACCUCUGAAGAAGCUGAUCAGAGAAAGAGAGGAAACGAGCAGCACUUUGAGUUUCAGGCUCAAAUGCCCCGACUGAACCAGCUCCGUGACGACUUCCUGCCCGGCCUGGUGAAAUCGCACGGGGCACUGGUGUACACCGCGGCCAGUGAGCGGCACUGCCAACGGCGCUACGCAGACGAGCUAGGACAGCAGCUGUGCUCAGAUCUUAUGGCGCUUAUACACAGCUCUAUGGUGAGGGAGAGAAGCCAAGCCCAAAAUUCCCUCUCCCAACAAAGACACCUGUGUCGCGUCUUUUCCCGUCUCUACAGAAUCGAGCGUGCAGAGGUUAGCCAGGUCAAAGCAUACAUGGAGCAGGACACAGAACAUCCACUAAUUCUCGUUGGUGGGCCAUGCACAGGCAAAACUGUGUUUUUGGCCCACUGUGCUAGUCAGAUAAAAACAUGGAUGAAGGACCAGGACCCUGUGAUUAUUGUGCACUUUGCAGAUAUUGGCAGCUCCUUGAAGCAAAUUCUCAGUAGCCUAUGCCAUCAAAUUGCUUUAUGCUUCAAUCAGCCAUAUAAUUCUUGUUCCAUAGACAUCUCUCAGCUGAAGAAAACUUUCUGCAACUUCCUGGCCAAAAGCUCACUUUCCUCAAAUCCUCUAGUCCUCGUCAUAGAUGGACUAGACCAAAUACCUAAUACAAAUGGACCGUUAGAUUUGACCUGGCUUCCCAAGACUUUCCCUUCUAACAUAAAACUUUUAAUCUCUUCCACACCAACAAAGUCUGGGUUUCUUUCAGCAAUCAAGACAUAUUUCCCAGAAUCCACCCUGUUCUUUGAGCUAGGCCUAUUAGAUAGUAAAAGCUGCAAUGAUAUGUUGUCAGCUCUCCUCUUGGCAGCCAAUAAGAGGAUAACAUCAGGUCAGCAGAUGUAUGUAAAUCAAGCUAUUAAAAAAUGCUCUCUCCCACUGUAUGUUGAGCUCCUGUACAGAGAGGUUUGUAACUGGAGCUCAGAGUUAGAGAUUACACCUGAAACAUUAGUCCCAGGGGUCCACACAAACAUUGGUCGUUUUUUAGAUUACCUUGAGGAAAAACAUGGAAAGGUUCUAGUUGUCAGAACGCUGGAAUUUCUCACCCUGUCCAGGUGUGGUUUGACUGAGGCUGAAUUGACUGACAUUCUCUCUUGUGAUGAUGAGGUUCUAGCAACUUUCUUCCCAGUAAAGGAUUCUGUACCAUAUAGGUUUAGGGUCCCUGAGGUUGUGGUGGAGAGGCUACUGCUGGACCUGAAGGGGUUUCUAGAGAGAAGGAACACAAUCGGCACACAAACACUGUUUUGGAUUAGCAGGCACUUUAACUUGGUCAUCUUUAGGAGGUACCUUUGCUCAAAGGAGAAACAGAAAAGGCACUCUGUGCUGGCAGACUAUUUUAGUGGCAGGUGGGCAUGUGGAACAGCUAAGCCAUUGCUCAUCACUGGAAGCCACAGAAUGAAAAUGCCAAACCCCCAAGUUAUCCAAAAUGACAGGCCCUUGAAGAUUUACACUGACAGGCAAGUUCCUGGUCAACCCUGGAUGUUUCAUUCCUUCACAUCCAUUGUUCCUAUCAAUGCUUCAUCUGAGUGUGCAUGUCCCAAUCGGAGAAAACUGCAGGAGCUUCCCUUCCAUCUAAUGGAGAGUGGAAAUACUGAGGAGCUUGGUCAAGUGUUGAUGUCACAAGAGUUCCUUUAUGCAAUGUUCCACGCAAGACAAGUAGAGGAUUUGAUGUUCUGGCUAGAGACAGCAUCACAGAAAAUAUUGCGCAGAGAACUUGGAUUCCUCACUGCUGUCCUGAAAAAUUCAGCCUGCUGGUUGAAGGAGUGUUCUGCUGACUUAGCAUUGAUCAUGCAGGCCAACGUGUUCCCCUUUAUACAUAUCUUCUCUGCAUUAGGGGAUUCUCUCAACCAAGAUAGUGCAAUGAGAAGCAUUGGGGUAAAUACAGUGUUAUUUCCCACACCUUCUGUGCCUGCCAUGCAUUGGGUGCUGCCAACAGCAGAGAUAUCGCCAAUUACCAAGGCAGCCAUAUCUCAUUCUGGAUUUGCAGUAGUUAUUCAAGAUAAUGGUUCUGCUUGGGUCUGGAAUGGGAGUGAUUCCCAAGUCUUCAAACUUCCCCAGUCCUCAGAAGUAAAGUUUACAGAUGUCAGGUGCUCCACUGAUAUAUUCAUGCUCACCACUCAAAGUGGUAAGCUUCUAUCAUGGGACAUUAAUGCGCCGUCACACCUCCAGGAAGUUCAGACUCAACAUACAGAACAAGGUCCAAAUAGCAUUUUUACUAUGGAGGGUGUCUUGGUGAGUAAUGGAAUGAUAUUCAUAUUCUCUAAGGAAAGGAGCUCUGUCAAUGUGUUUGCUGAGGGAAUGACAAUUGACCCACUCCAGUGCUCCUAUAAUGUAACAUGCAUCUCAUGUUCUGUGGAUGGUCACAUGAUUUUUUGUGGACAGAAGGAGGGUACUGUGAGUAUAUUUGACACUCAAAGUGUUCAACCUUUGGGGUCCUUCAUUUGUUCCACAGGAAUGUCUUUGUUUGAUCUUAUCCUCCAUGAGAACGGAGAGAAAAUAACCUGUGUUGAUUGCAGAGGAAGUUUGUUUGUAUGGGACCUUAAGAUAAUUACCAAGCCAGUACUCAUUAAAGAGACCCUCAGUCAUAGCCCGUUGAAAGUGUUAAGUACAGAUCACUCUGAGAGCAACCAUCUCCUUAUCUGCAAAAGGCAACAGAUCCAAAUAACUGGUGCACAUUUAUUAGAUACAGAAGACCAAUUCAACACACCUCAGGGCAAAAGCUUUGUUCAAGCGGUUUUGGAUCACAAUGCACACUUCAUCAUUGCCUUGAUGGAGGACUGCCUGUUUAUUUUAGUAUGGAAUAGGCUGACAGGUCAAUGCGUGUUAACCCUUGAUGUUAGAAGCACCCAAACUUUCAAACUUGUUAAGCUAAAGGAUAAUUCCCUAAUAGCUGUCACAAGCACAGGUAUCACUCACUGGGAUAUGGGUAUUAUUGCAGUGGCAGCCUCCACUCCUAAAUCCAACAAAAAGGUGCUGAAAGUAGUUGUAGAACAUGGUGGGGCUAACUUCUACACUGCAGAUGGUUCUGACCAGGUGUGGAGGUGGACUGUGUUAGGUGGAAGAGUGGCAGGCCACCUACUUCACCAUGGUCCUGUGGAGGCCUUGGCUCUCUCAGCAGAUAACAUGCAUAUUGUGACCAUUGCAUCAGGGGACAUUUAUGUCUGGGACACCAGUACAAAUGAAAACAUUCACAGAAUCUGUGGUAGUCAAGCAUCUCAGAUACUGACAACUCCAAAAGGCAAAUUUGCAGUGUCUCUAUCAGAAACAGGCCUGUCAAGGGUCUGGAAGUUAUGCAGUGGCCAUGUGGUUUGCAACAUCCACCAUCAUCUUAAAGAUGCCAUCAUUUCACCUGAGAGCACUUUUCUUAUGGGCAUUCAUAAUGGGGAUCUUCUGGCCGUCAGUCUCUGGUCUGGUUAUGUCAGCAGUCAGUUCUCCUGUUCUAUUUGUUCAGAAGUGGUUGCCUUCCACCCACUAGCACACCAUCCAGAGUAUGUGGUUGUGAUUACCAUUUCAGGAGCUUUGUACACAUGGAAGCUAACAGAUGAGACUGUUUGCCACCAGUUCCAGUUCCCACAAUCUUUCCAGUAUCCACCACUGCUUUUUAAGCUGUCAUCAGAUGGGAAGUAUGGGAUCAUUUCUGUAGUUGGAUCCAAGAUAAACAUCUUGGAUACUUACCAUGGGAAACUGUGCUCUUUGAAUGCUGAAGGACAAGUCUGCCAACAAUUUGUGGACAUGUCUGAUAAAUAUAUAGUCUAUAUCUGCAACCCUUCAGUUAGGUGUCAGAAUUGUUUGUUUGACCCAAAUAUCAAGCAAAUAUUGGUUGUACAACGAGCAAAGGACGGAAAGAGGGUAGGGAUGAUUUAUCUAUCUAAGAGCUCCUCUGCUCUAGCUCUGUCUGAUACGCUGUGUGUGCAUGUAGGCUUUGAGGAUGGCUCUGUUGGAAUGUAUGCUUUUAGCGAUCCAGAAGUAGGUUACAUCAAUUCCAGGGCUAAAUGUCAGAGCACAAGACUAAUGUCUCCAUUUGUUGAACCAGUGGUUUGGACGGCCAUGGCAAACCCUGACCUUAUUUGGGUGGAUGUAGUCUCUCAAUUACCAUAA